AUGAAGGGACUGUUUACUGUCGUAUCUCUGUUGCUGAGUGGUGUCCUCAGUGAAGCACCAGCACCAUACCCGCCCAGUGGCUGGAGACCGAACGGUCCAGCAUUCCAACUGCCAACGAAGACACAAACUCAGCUUCCUCAAAGACCCGAGUACUUACCUCCUGUCGAUCCCCGUAUUCCCUUCAGACCGACAGAGUACGACUCGGGCGUCGACGUGUCCGUCCAAGGUUUGCCCACGCAAGAGCAGCUUCCAAUAUUCCAAGUUUCACCGGUCAAUGGGCAGCAAUAUGUCGGACCAAACUUUAAUACCGAUAUAAGAGGUCUGGAACAAAAUUUCCAACAAUCCCAGUUCCAACUACAACAAGAAAAAGCUCGUCAAUUUUCAAGACAACAGCAAUUUCCAGCAAACCCCAAUGCUGCGAGCGGUCUCCCUAACCCUCAACAACCUCGUCAAUUCGUACCACAAACUACCCCUGCUACUACCACAACCACUGUGAGAUCCAAAGAAGUCGAGCCUACAACAGAAUCCGACUUAAAUCAGGGCGAGACAUUAGACGAUAAAAAUGCAUCGCCAAAGAUAAAAAACAGCUCGGUUGAGGUGUCAAAGCAGAACUUACAGGAAUACCCAGCAGAAUUAUUUUUAAGUUCACUAGCUCAGUUACAAUUACAGCCACAGUUCGUACCGUUGCAGCAAUUUGGACAAAUUAGAGAACCAGUUUUCUAUCAAACAGUUCAACAGAGUGCACCCGAGAAACAGGAAGCGGCUGGUUUCGAUGGCCCAGCGCAUUUUGCGGCCUUGCCCUCUGUUUUAGCACAAAAUCAACUUGCAAGUCGACAGCAAGCACUUAUUCCUGCUCAACAAACUUUUGUACAAAAUCCGGCUCUAUUAGUACCCCGAGGUCAAGAGCAGCCAUCCAAUCCCAUAAUUGUACCAGCUGUUAAUCAAGAACCAUUACCUCAAUAUCAACCAGUUGUAAAUCAAUAUCAACCAAUCGCACAACCACAGUAUCAACCAAUCGCACAACCUCAAUAUCAACCAAUCGCUCAACCUCAAUAUCAACCAAUAGCUCAACCUCAGUUAAAUCAAGAACCAUUGCCCCAAUAUCAACCAGCUGUGCAAACCCAAGCUGAACAAGAGCCAUUAUCUCAGUACCAACCAACUGUUAACCAAUACCAACCAAUUGCCCAACCUCAAUUACAGCAGUAUCCUCAAUAUCAGGCUCAACCCAUCAUUUAUCAGCCACAAACUAUAAGCCAAUCUCAACCACAAAGUCAAUCAAAUCAGCGACAUGAAGAAACUGAAGAGAACGACCAAGAACAACCUCAAUACGUUUACCAACAGUCUUAUCAACCACAGCAAGUUUACCAACCACAAGAAGUUUAUCAACCUCAGUACCCUCAACCUCAAAUACCAGCAAAUCAAUAUCCGCAGCAAAAUGUUUUCUUACCUCAGGGUCAGCAAAACUACCCAAAUCAAGAUUUAAAUCAAUAUUAUCAGAAUCAAUUAACUCAACAGCAAUACCUAGUUCCUAAUCAAUUUGGAGCUCAACCUAUUGUUCAGGGACAAGAUGCUUUCCUUCAAAGUGGUCUUGAUAUAAAUCAAGAAGGUAAUGGCAUUGAGCAGGCUGAGGAGCGAGAUGAAAAUUCUGAAAACGAUGAUGAUGAAAAAGAUGACGGCGCGAAGGCUACCGCCGUGGCGACUGCAUUUGGGGCAAGAACGCAACCACGCGUUUUCUCUCAAUAUGGUGCUCCAGCACAAAGACCGCGAGAUCAAGCCAAUCGUGGAUAUCCAACUACAACUGAAUCGACUGCUGAGGAGACUACGGAAGCAGGACCAGCUGUAGCUCAGGCAAGUGCAGUUGCCUCGCCGUCUAGGAGCAGAAACGCUAAACUGAGGAGCCGCCGUCCUCGUCCAGUUUUCACUGUUGACAGAUCUGGACAUUUGGUUCUCACCCGUGAAAAAUGA